CAGCAACAGAGUUUAGACUGUCUUUGCUUCAUCAUCUGAAGGUAAAAAAAAAAAAGAAAAAGAAAAAAAGAAGAAGAAAAAAGAGAGAGGAGAAAGAGAGAGAGAAAAAAGCCAACAAAUUCCAGAUACGGCAGGCGGCUUUUCCCGAGGACCAUAAACAGGGGAUGAGAAGAACUAUUGGCCUGGAAAUUUCUUCCUCGUGAUGCGGUGGAGAAGCGUCGGCCUCUGGAUCCUACCAGAUGUUCUUGGGGUCACCGUCCAGGAGUAGGACCAGCCGAGCUAAACAAGAAUUUACAAAGGAAGGAGGAAAGAAAAUUCUGCCAAAAUAUGAACAUCUGAGCGACGUAUUUUUGAGCAUCACCUAUCACUCUGAGCAUCAAAACGAAAUAUUCUCUCCAGGAAUGCGAUGGUAUUGAAGUCACUUUACUAAAUAGAGUCUUGUCUACAAAAGCAUCCAGACACUGGGACGCUGGAAGCCGGAGAUGACCCUGACCAGGCUUGUCUUGUGGCCCACCGUUUACAAGUGGGAUAUAUUGAUCCAUGAGUGACUGCCUGCCAAUAAAUCCUCUCCUCAUCAACUCUGUUCUGUGCAUUGGACUUGAUUAAGCAGUUUACCACUUAACUUUGGACUUACAUGUGGGAGCUUUCACUGUAGUGGUUUUGGAGUCACUAGAACUUGGAUUGAUUUCAUCCUUUACCAGAAACUAACAGAGCCCAUAGUACAUUUUCAACAUGGCUUUGAACGUUGCUCCAGUCAGAGAUACAAAGUGGCUGACAUUGGAAGUCUGCAGACAGUUUCAGAGGGGGACGUGCUCCCGCUCCGAUGAAGAAUGCAAAUUUGCCCACCCCCCAAAAAGUUGCCAGGUCGAAAACGGGAGAGUAAUUGCCUGCUUUGAUUCCUUGAAGGGCCGUUGUUCAAGAGAGAACUGCAAGUAUCUUCACCCGCCGACACACUUAAAAACUCAACUAGAAAUUAAUGGGAGGAACAACUUGAUCCAGCAAAAAACUGCAGCUGCGAUGCUCGCCCAGCAGAUGCAAUUUAUGUUUCCAGGAACUCCGCUUCAUCCUGUGCCCACUUUUCCUGUAGGUCCCACCAUAGGGACCAAUACGGCUAUUAGCUUUGCUCCUUACUUAGCACCUGUCACCCCUGGAGUUGGGUUGGUCCCAACAGAAAUUCUGCCCACCACACCUGUCAUCGUUCCCGGAAGUCCACCCGUCACUGUCCCGGGCUCAACUGCAACUCAGAAACUUCUCAGGACUGACAAACUGGAGACUCAGUCGACUGCCAAAGCAAUGAAGCGACCUCUCGAAGCAACUGUAGACCUGGCCUUUCCUCCUGGUGCUCUUCAUCCUUUACCAAAGAGACAAGCACUUGAAAAAAGCAACGGUGCCAGCACGGUAUUUAAUCCCAGUGUCUUACACUACCAGCAGGCUCUGACAAGCGCCCAGCUGCAGCAGCACGCCGCGUUCAUCCCCACAGGGUCAGUUUUGUGCAUGACACCCGCUACCAGUAUUGUACCCAUGAUGCACAGCGCUACGUCCGCCACUGUCUCUGCAGCAACAACUCCUGCAACAAGUGUCCCCUUCGCAGCAACAGCCACAGCCAAUCAGAUAAUUCUGAAAUAAUCAGCAGAAACGGAAUGGAAUGCCAAGAAUCCGCAUUGAGAAUAACUAAACAUUGUUACUGUACAUACUAUCCUGUUUCCUCCUCCAU